AUGGCUUAUGGGUUGAAUAAAAAUUUAUUAUCAAGAAGAGGUGUAAUUAAUAUGUAUGAAUCUUGGAAUGUAAAUGGUGUUCAAGAUACUACAUCAAAUAAUAAAAAGUCAAAUUCAAAUGAUUUACUAACUUCACAUUCAUCGUAUUUUGACAAAAGAGUUCAACAAAAUAAUAUUAGACAUUCAACAACCAUCUUACCACCAAAACAAUUUCCAUCGAAAUCACAAAGACCGUCCACGUGUGCUUCUGUGAAAAUUAUACAUUCAACGGCAAGUUUACCAUGUCGACCAUCGACUGCAAAUAAUUGUACCCGUUUUCACGAUAAUAUGUUAAAGGCAUUAAUGCGAAAUAUUGAUAAAUAUUGUGGAAAAGAUGGUACAAAUGAGAAUCCUCCGAAUACAUUGACGCCUUCCAAUGUAAAACAAGAAAAAGAUAAGAAAAAGAAAAACGUGUUGGAAUCUAAUACCAUGGUUGACAUUGACAAGUUUAUAAAACAUCAUCAAAAAAUAAACGAAACGGUAGAAAAUAAUGUUAAUACCCAGAAUCGGAAAAAUACGAAGCCGACUGGUAAUAAACGUAAAAAGUCCAAAUCGAAUACUGUAAAAAGGGGACUUUUUGAUGAGACGGUCAUGACUGCAGAGUCGAAAACUUCCGUAAAUGUUCAAUCCACUACGGUUAAUAGUGGAAAUAGUCAGUUGAAAGACGACAAAAUUAAAGAUAUAGUAAACGAAGAUGCCGCUUGGGAAAUAACUGAUUCGGAUCAAAUUAGAAAUUUGGUAAUGCCAAGAGAAACUAGGAAUGCAACAUUGACCCUAUUAAAUGAGAAAAAAUUUAAGGAGGGUAAAAAAGUAACCUAUCAAAGUAAUAAUAAUAUACUGGGAAAUGUGCCUCUAGGAAUACGAAAACCUAUUAAUCCAUCAAUAAAACCAUUAAGUAAAGGAGGAAAAUCAUCUUUACGUGACGGUGGAAACCUAUUGGUAAAUGAUUAUCAAACAUUAAACGUGUGUCCACAUAAUUUAUUAUGUGAUGGACAAAAUUGUAACCAUCGAAUUGCCAAGAAAUUAGCAUCAACAUUUUCACAACCUCAUUUACAUAAUAAUGUUAUGAUUUGAAGAAAACAUUAAAACUGUAAAAAUGUUGGUUACUUGAU